GAAAGUGGCGCAACAGGACCCGGUCGGUCUGGUUCAGUGUCACUUGCGGAUCUUCUUCUCCCGUCGUCAAACAAUCUUUACACUUCACUUUAAGUCUUCCCAUCGCCGAGCAAAGCCGACGACUCGUGCGCAUUCACGUGAACCCGAGCGCAGACAUGUUUUGAUAACACGUUCAACAGCAGCGCGGAGAGAUGUGCGCACUUUCGCCGUAUUCUCGAAAAGUUGUUGCGGGCUUGUGCUUGUGCUGGCCCGCUCGCUGGCGCUCUGCCGAAGUUACGCAGCAAACAACUGAUCGCUCCGCUAAAGCCACGUCCCGUUUAAACCCCCGCCGUGGUCUUAAUGUUUGAAGGGUUUGGAAAUAACUCGGCCGGGCGAGUUGAUCUGCAGUGGGGAGUGAAUGUUAAUGGGUUAAACGGGGAUGAGGGGAACAGGAAACCUCGCUGUGCACUGGCAACCUAAUCUGAGCGGCCAGGACGGAAUGUGCUCAACGUCAAACACACGUUUACAACUGCAGCUCCCCGUCUGCUCCCACUCAGGCUGCUGCUGCUGCUGCUGCCUCUCAGAGAACACACACGGAACUCUGCUUCAGAACAAACACUCCAUCAGCACGAGGCUGUCUUGACAUCUGCAGUCGUUUUUUUUUUAAAUGCUCCUUUAUGAUCUGUAGUUUCGUCUUUUUGUUGUUUCCUCUAUAAUGAUACUGGACUUUGUGCUAAACUUAAAAGAACAGGCCUUGAAAAUAAAUCGCAGUUUUGGGGGGGUAAUAAUGUUGUGUGAAAGACAUUGAUCAUAUGUAAUAACACAGACAUUAACGCCCAAUAACAAGAAGCAAGGCGUCGCUCCGGGAUUCAGUUCCCCUCCCUUUACUUCUCUGUGCGAUGGCGCCACCCUCGGAUAAAAAGGAGUCAAGACACGUUGGCUCCAAAGCUUGUUGUGAUUUUAAAUCCUGGGGGCACCUGGCUUGUGUUAGAUCUGUGUAUCAGCCGGAAGUUCUAAGACUAUAUAUGAUCUUGUAUAUUAAAAAAAAAAAGAUUGUGACACCAUGGCCACAACGGCAGAUGGCUGUAUCCAAUUCACACGCCACGCAGGUGACGUGCUGCUCAACUUCAACCGUCUCCGCAGCAGGAACAUCCUGACCGACGUCACCAUACAGGUGGAUGGGCAGCCCUUUCAUGCUCACAAGGCCAUCUUGGUGGCCUGCAGUGGCUUCUUUUAUUCCGUUUUCAUGAACCCAGCGAAUUCAGACCUUAGUGCCAUCAGCUUAGACCCCAAAGUGGACCCCAAGGGUUUCUCCAUUCUGCUGGAUUUCAUGUACUCAUCCUGUCUGAACCUCAAAGACAGCCUGGUCCUGGCCACCAUGAACACAGCCAUCUAUCUCCAGAUGGAACACGUGGUUGACACCUGCCACAGGUUCAUCAACUCCAGGCAUCACUCUCUCAAUAUGGAGCCUGGAGUGGUGCAGACCAACUCAUUACAUCUGGCUGAGGAGAUCCCUGGAUCGAGGCCUGCCGAUGAGAAAGAGCCAGACUUUAGAAACAACCACACAUCAACCAUCUCCCCUUUCCAGGAGUGCCGGGGCACCGUUCCCAAUGUCUUCAGGGGCAUCAACACAUCUGGCUCCUAUCACGUCUAUGGUGACAUCCAAGCCCAUGAUGGGAAGUUUGAAGACCCGCAUAAGAUUACAACCCUUCCCAGAGGUGUCUCUUUGUCCCAAACACAAUGCUCGCAGGUACCCAACCCCAACAUAGCUCACAAUGAAUCCACCACAAUGCUCUCUCAUCCGGUGCCAUCACACUCCAGUUGCCCCACUAAUAUCAUCCAACCAGCAGGAGACCACGUGAGCAAUCACGGGCUUGCUGCUCCAAUGGAGGAAGAAAACAUUCAGCACCCGCAAACCAGUUGCCUGAGGUUGUGUCCGGGCUUUAGCAAAGGUGUGAUUUGUAGCCCUCAGAGCCCACUCAGAUCUGACUGUCAGCCAAACUCGCCUACCGAGUCCAGCAGCAGCAGAAAUGCAUCCAUGAGCCUCAAACAGCCCUCAGACUACCCAGCAGACACCAAGGCCCGCAACUGGAAGAAGUACAAGUUCAUCGUCAUGAACCAAACUCCCGAUGAGAAUGAAAAAGAGUCUCAGGGAGGCAACGCUGAAGCCAUAUCCCUUUCCCCAAUGCUGAGCCCCUGCAGGAGUAUAGGAACAGGUGGAGACAGCGAGGUCCAUUCAGACGAGGGAGCCAGCGAGCACAGAGAAGACAUCCCCAAGUCUCAGAGUGUUGACAGCUGCGGCAGCAGCACGUGCAGCAGCAUUAGCCACCGCAGAUGCUCCUCCUGUGGGUGUGACAGCCCUCCGCGCAUGGAGAUGGGUCACCUGUCUCCAGACUCAUACAGCAGAGAAGAAACUACCAAACUACGCGAGUAUUCCUCCUCCAGCUGUGAAAACAAUACAUACUUCUGCAAUGGCUGCGACUUCAAGUUCACAGAUGAAGAUUCCCUCAAAGAUCACAUGGUCCAGGUCCACAGUGACAAGCCAUACAAGUGUGACUGCUGCCAGGCCGCCUUCCGUUACAAGGGCAACCUGGCCAGCCACAAGACGGUUCAUACUGGUUCGAAGCCGUACCAUUGCAACAUCUGUGGUGCUCAGUUCAACCGACCAGCCAACCUCAAAACUCACACCCGCAUCCACUCUGGAGAAAAGCCAUACAAGUGUGAGACGUGUGGCUCUCGAUUUGUUCAAGUGGCCCAUCUUCGCGCUCAUGUGUUAAUUCACACCGGAGAGAAGCCGUACCCUUGCGAGAUCUGUGGAACACACUUCCGCCACCUUCAGACACUUAAGAGCCACAUGCGCAUUCACACCGGAGAGAAGCCUUAUCAUUGUGAAAAAUGUGACCUCCACUUCAGACACAAAAGUCAGCUGAGGCUUCACCUCCGACAGAAGCACGGGGCAGUCACCAACACCAAGGCUCAGUAUCGCAGGACUCCCAGCAACAUCGCCACAGGCCUGGUGACCUCCUGCUGAGUGGGCCGCAGUCCUCUUAUGUGCCAUUUCUUUCCCACCGGUUUUACAUAGGCCACCAUGUUGUCAAAAGAGUUUCUAUUUUUUUUCGAAACAGAAACAUAAACACGUAUGCAUUUGUAAAUGAUGCAUAUGACUUUGUGUAAGCUCUUCAGUAUUUGGUAGCUCUUAGUUUAAGAUUGUAGAAGUCCAUGCUUCUGUGUGAAUGUGUAAAAGCAGAGUGUACAUUUUUGAAUGUGAUUCUGAGCAGGUAUAUCUCUAUUUUACAAAUUACGUAACUGAAUGUCAGCAUUGGAGGACAGUCCUCUUUGUCAUUCGGAUUGAGAACCACUGUUACAGUUCUGCUUUCGAUUAUGGUAUGAAUAUCCCCAAAUAAUGUGGUCAAAGUUCAUGCCGUUACUCUAUUUUUGUAAAUAAGAUAAUAUAUAUUUCCACAUUGCCAUCUGCUGGCAGAGUACGAAUAUAUUGAGUUUGUUUGGGUCACGCGCAGUGAGCUUCACUGACUUGACACCACGAGGGCUUGUUAUUUAGCCAUUUCCCAGUUUGCGCUACAUGUGGUUCAUGCACAGAUUGACGUUCAUUUUAGAAAUUGCUUUGUACAUAUUUUUUUCUCAAUAUUUUUAGGCUUUUGUUCAUAUUUUGCACAUACUCAUAAUGCUGUGAUUCAUAUAUUUUCAUACUUAAAUGUUUCUACUUUAAAUGUUGACCCGUUGAAAUUGUUUGUUCAAACCCCAAUGUCCAGCACCUGCUAAAUUCUUAUUUAUAGUCUAUUUUUUUUUUUUUUCUUUACUUAAUUAAUUUUGGUGCUGCAAUGAUCCACGGUGCCACAGGAUCAUUAAAGUUAGGUUGUAUUCAUCUAACCCUAUGUUUUAUAGUGCACCUAUAUGUAUCAGUGUAUUCAUAGUGCCUUACAUUCACACUUUUCUAUUGUCUGACUAGCUAUUUAAGCAUUUUCAGUUUGGUAAUAUGGAAGAUAUAAGCUGCUUUUGUGAUGUUGCAUUCGGUACUUUGCCCUGUCAUUGUUUGUAUGCAUGUCAGGUACUAAUGUUAUGAAAUCUGACAAUCUGUUGUGUAUCGUUCAUAAGGUGCAGAUACGCUCAAGCUAAAACGCUCAGGAAUAUUAGUAAUAUGUAAGCAAAUGUCUUUGCAACUGCAAUUUACAUACAUGUGUAUGUGUGUACAAUAUAUAUAUAUAUAUAUAUAUGUGUAUAUAUAUACACAUAUAUAUAUUUAAAAAAUGAAAAUAAACGUUUAUUAUGUA